GAGCUCACAGUCUCAGGACCCAUUGGAGCCUCUAAGCCACCACCUUCAAGGCCCAUGCCAGGAGGUAGAUUUAGCAGUUACCUGAACAUUCUGAUCGGAGUCUCUGUGGCCUUUCUCCUGCUCCUCGUCAUCUUCAUCUUCGUCCUUCUCCGACGAAGGCAUCAGGGAAAAUUCAGAAAGGAUGCCCAGAAAGAGACAGAAUUGCAACUUCCUGCAGGAGCUGCAGAGCCAGUAACUAGGGACAGAGGCCCCCAGAAUAGGGCCAACCCAGCGGCUGCCACCCAGGAAGAAAGUCUUUAUGCUUCAGUGGAGGACAUGCGAGCUGAGGAUGGUGUGGAGCUGGACAGCUGGAGACCACCUGAGGAAGAUCCCCAGGGAGAUACGUAUGCCCAGGUGAAACCCUCUAGGCUCAGGAGGGCAGGAUCUCUCUUACCUUCUGUCAUGUCAAGUGAAUGCCUGAAUACAAAAGGACAAGCAAAAGAGGACAGAGAAGUGGACAGUCAGCCUGCUGAAUCUAAGGAGCCCCAGGAUGUGACCUAUGCCCAACUGUGCAUCAGGACACUCAGCGGAAGGACAGCUACACCUCCUUCCUCCCAGGCAGGGGAAGCCCCAGAGGAGCCCAGUCUGUAUGCUGCUCUGGCAGUCGCUCAUCCCAAGAACAAGGAGCAAUGACCCUCUGCCUGCAAAUAUGCCUAACAGAGACCUCCAAGGAAUUCUGGGAACUGUUGGCAACUUAACUACACUUUAACAUCAUACAGUUUGGAAAUAAAACAGAAGAGUUCUCAAUAAUCAAAUGAAAUGAGAAAUGAAAUAGAAAGGAGGGGUUUUACAUGGAGUGCUAAUUUUAAUGAUAUUUCUCAUCAAAGCCAUGAAAUGAGAAAAUAUGCAAUCAUGGUUGUACAGCCUCAUAAUUCCAACUCAUAGGAGGCUGAGGCAGGAAAACUGCUAUUGCUUGUGGCCAUCUUGGCAUACUUAGUGAACUUCAUGCCAGCCUGGGUUACAGAAUGAGACAUGUUUCAAAUAACAUUAGCCACCAGAGGCCAGGGGGAGGAACAUACCCAAAAUCCUAGCCCUUGAGAGGGCUGGACAUGAGGAUCAAGAAGUCAAGGUCAUAGCCUACAAGUAAGAAGCCAGCCUAGAACACACCAGACCCUGUUAAAAAAUAAAUAAAUAGGCCAGGCUUGGUGGCACAUGCCUUCAAUCUCAGCACUAAAUAAGUAGAGACAGAUCUCUGAGUCCAGGGCCAGCUGGUCUACCGAAUGAGUUCCAGGACAGGCAAGGAUGCAGAGAAACCUUGUCUUGAAAGUAAUAAAUAAAAUAAGGCCAGUGAUAGUGCCUUUAACUGCUGAUAUCCUAAGUUCAAUCAUCAGGAAUAGAGGAAGAAGAAAACUGACCCCCAGAAAUUGUCCUCUGACCUCCAAAGUCCUCGGUGUCCUCCCC